AUGGCGAGAGGAAGAGGAAGAGGACGAGGACGGAAAACAUCAAUACUGACAGUUGGUAGCUUAGUAGGAGCUCGAGUGGAAGCAAAUGAGUUGAAUCAACUAGAACAAGAUCAAACUGAGGAAGGAAGUUUUGAAGCUGGACUCUCUGUGAGUUCUAAAGUUACAAGAAAUCUGAGCUUAAACUAUUCACUGGAGAAAGAAGAGGUUCAUAAUAACUCAGAUCUAGAUCAAUCUGAGGCUAACAAUGGAAUGAACUUGACUUACUUCCCUCCACAAAUAGUGAAUGGGCAAACUAUGGUGCAGCUGGAAAGGAAAGAAGUACAAAUUGAAGAAGAAAAAUGGAAAUGUGCCCUUAUGACAUAUGUAAUUGGUGAAUGUCCUGGAUACAAUACCAUGAAUAGGUACAUACUGAUGAACUGGUCGAAAGUGAAUAAACCUGAGGUAUUUCUUCAUGAGGAAGGAUAUUACAUAAUCAAGUUGAAGAGCUUGAAUGAUAUGAAUGAAGUGCUAUACUUAGGGCCUUAUACGAUAAGUAAUAGGCCUAUUAUAUUGAAGCAAUGGAGUGCUGAGUUUGAAUUUGGGGAGGAGUUUUUAACUGAAAUACCACUAUGGGCUAACUUUCCAAAGUUACCUUUAAAUUGUUGGGGAGAUGGAUCUCUGAGUCGAAUAGCUAGUGCAAUAGGAGUGCCAUUAUUUGCUGAUGAGUGUACCACUAAACAGACAAGAAUAUCCUAUGCUAGAAUGUUGGUUGAACUAAAUGUUACUAAACCUGUUCCUGAGAAGAUAACAGUCAUGGAUCCAAAUGGUAGAACAUUUAUGCAGGAUGUUGUGAUGGAGUGGAAACCUCUAUAUUGUGAUAAAUGUCAGAGGAUUGGACAUCAAUGUCAAGAUACAACAAUGGAGGAUCAGCCAAAGAAGAGAAGGCCCUGGAAAAAAGUUACACAGGCUUGGCAAUAUAAAGGGCCUAUUCAACAACAGGAGAAGAUAGUGGAACAAAGAAAGGAGCUAGAGAUUAAAGAAGUCGAUUCUUCUUCUGUACAGGAGGAGAAACAAAGGAUUGAGCAAAGAAGAGAUCAGGAAAUCCAAACACCUGAAAUUAUUUUAAGGCCUAAUACUGGGAGUAAACAGCUGGAGUUUAGUUUGUCAAAUUUUCCAAUGUUAUCAGUUAUACCUAUAAGAAAUGGAUUUGAGAGUGUUAUGAAUAGCAAGCUGGUGUCACUGCCUGUGGAUAGGGGUGGAGCUUCAAAAUCUUGCUUAAUUGAAACUAGAGUGAAAGAGACCAAUGCUAUUACAACAAUUAAUGUCAUAGCUUCAGGGUGGAAUUGUUUGAACAAUUACAAUGAUGCUGUUAAUGGGAGAAUUUGGAUUAUAUGGGAUGACAAGCAGAGGAAGAGCUUAUGGACUAAUAUGAACAAGAUGGUUCAAAGUGUUGUACAACCAUGGCUCAUUGUUGGAGACUUUAAUGUUAUUCUGUCUCCCAAAGAUAGACUAGCUGGAGCUCCUGUCAAUGAGAAUGAGAUAAAGGAUUUUUCAGACUGUGUCAAGGCUAUGGGCAUUAAUGAGUUGCAAUGGAAAGAAUAUGGUAAUCCAGGAGUUUCAGAUCAUAGUCCGAUGCAUUUGUUGCUUCAUCAAGGCUACCAGCAAGUGAGAGCAAACUUUAAGUUUUUUAAUGUAUGGAUUGAACAUGAAUCUUUCUUAGAACUGGUGGAGGAAGUUUGGAAGCAGAAGAAAGGAAGGGAUUCAAUGAAAAUGGUGUGGAAUAAACUGAAGGCUCUUCAGCCUAUCCUGAAGCAGCUGAAUAAUAGAGAGUUCAAAUACAUAAGCAAGCAGAUUGAGGAUGCUAGAACUGAGCUUGCAGAGGUUCAAAAUCAACUUGGUAAUCAAGCAAAGGAUGAUUUAGUUGUUAAAGAAAAAGAACUCCUAACAAAACUUGAAAAAUGGUCUUUAAUAGAAGAAAGUGCACUCAGGCAAAAAGCAAGAGCAAAAUGGAUUAAGUUGGGGGAUGCAAACAACAAAUAUUUUAGCUCAGUGAUAAAGGAGAGAAAUAAUAAGAAGCACAUUAGAAGUUUGAUGUCAUUAGAUGGAAGGAUGCUAUAUGAACCUCAAGAGAUCCAAAAUGAAUUUGUCUUAUUUUACAAAAGUCUAAUGGGCACAGCAGCAGAUAGUCUACCAGCUAUAAAUGCUCAGGUGGUGAAAAGGGGACAUGUUCUAUCAAGGCAGCAGAGAAUCCAACUUUGUGCAAUAAUAACUGAUCGGGAGAUAGUUGAAGCUUUGAAGUCUAUUGGGAAUGAUAAGUCUCCAGGAAAGCUUUUUAAGUCAUUCAAUUGCACCCUUGUUUCACUAAUUCCUAAGGUUCACAGUCCAAAGAAUGUGAAAGAAUACAGGCCUAUUUCUUGCUGCACAGUUUUGUAUAAAAUUAUCUCAAAAGUGAUAACUCAAAGAUUGCAUGAAGUCAUCCACACUGUUAUCAGUGAUAGUCAAGCAGGAUUCAUCCCAGGGAGAAAAAUUGGAGAUAACAUAAUUCUAGCUCAUGAAUUGGUUAAGGCUUAUACAAGGAAGAAUGUUUCUCCUAGGAGUAUGCUUAAAAUUGAUUUACAGAAAGCUUAUGAUUCUGUAGAAUGGCCUUUCUUAGAGCAAGUGAUGGAGGGAUUGGGUUUUCCUGACUUAUUUACUCAAUGGGUAAUGAAGUGUGUUAAAACAGUGAACUACACUAUUGUUGUUAAUGGUCAGAACACUCAAAGGUUUGAUGCAGCUAAAGGGCUUAGACAAGGGGAUGCAAUGUCACCCUUUCUCUUUGCUAUAGCAAUGGAGUAUUUCAGUAGAUUGCUCAAAGAACUCAAAGAAGAGAAGAACUUCAAGUAUCAUCCUAAAGGCACUCCACAAAUGUUUCACUGA